GGGGAGAAAAACAACAAAACUUAGUCCCCUGUUGUCAUGGUUACAGAUACUGUUGAAGACGUUUGAUUGAUGAGCAGCGAGCAGUAGUUGAUGUUUACUACAGGUUUUUAUUAACCUAAUACAGACAACAAAUGUCUGACACACUUGAAAAUGAAGAUAAGUUGGGAGCAGUUUUAUUUCAGGUUCAAGAGGAUUUGAGACAACUCAAAUGUAGUCUUGAAAACAUCACUAUCAGUGAGAGGGGGAAAACAUUGGACAUUCAAGCCCUGGACGCUGCCAUUGACAGGACAGAGAGUAGCAUCAGGAAGCAUGCAGAGGAUUAUCUAAAAACAGUGAACAAACAGCUGCUGGUUCUUCCAAGAAUUGAAGACUUGCAAAAGAAGAAGCAGAUUCCCAAAUGGAAACCUGCUCUGGAGAGUAUACCAGAUGUAUGUCCACAAAGGGACUUUUCAGGGCCUUCACCUGGGGAAAAGCACAAGUCAGCAUUAACCAUGCGUUUGCUGUGUAAUCCUGCUCACCCAAACAACAGAGCCAUUAUGCACCAGAAAUUUGGGAUAUCACUCCCUGAGGUCCACAAGACGAGCACAAAUGCAGCAAAGCGUCACAGAAUAAUCACUGGACCUGUGUUGAGUCUUCCAGCCAUUGAACCAAAGGGCAAUCAUAACCCGGCAAUACCUGAAGAAGACCUGGGGACAGGUAAACAGGCACUUCACCCCUGUUAUUCCUUAGAUAAAUGUUGA